ACGCACACCACGUGUCCCCAUCCAUUAUCCCACACGCACCACAUCACGUUCUUAUCCCCAGCACCACCCAUCCACACAGGUCUCGUCAUCUCGCUCGUGCCUCGCCCGCCUCGCCUCCUUCCCUCUCGCUUGCGCCGCCGUAUCCUAGCUCCGGCGAGCCCACCACUCCGACGAAUCCCCCUUGCUACUCUUUCCCCCUCUCCAACAAGCCUAUUCCCUAUUUUUUCCUCGUAGCUCCAUGAGUCAGCCUCCACUUCCUUCCUCCCCAUGACCCCUCUCUCCCAGGGAUCGACCACAGACGGCGGACGGUGGAGCAGCUCCACCGCCCACACUGGGAGCUGCAACUGGCCACGUCGGAAGCUGCAGCCGGAGGACGGAGGAUCUGCAACCGGCAACGCCGGGAGCUGCAACCGACGGCCGGAGGAGCUACAGGCAGCGGACAAAGGAGCUACAAGGGGCACGCGACGGUGAGCGGCUACACGACGACGAGUGCUACAACCGCGUUGCGAGAUGUUGGGACCAGCACUCAAUUGUGCUACUACCGACGGUUUGGUUUGAUGCAACCAACAAUCCAAUUUUCUCUUUUGCUACCACCAUAUUUUAGUUUGCUGGAACCAUCAUCAUUAUUUGCUACCACCGGUGUUUUGGGUUUGUUUGAAAUUUGGAGCCAAGGUAAAUUUUGUAAUUUUUGCUUCCACCGGCGUUCUGUUUUGCUCAAAGUUUUAAAUAGCGUUCUGUUUUGCUCAAAGUUUUAAAUAGCGCGCUAAGCCUCUUAGCGGCGGACCUCUUCUAAAUGCUAUAGCGUGCUAUAGCCAAGGUAUUUAAAAUGUUUGUUCAAGUGUUUGAACAAAAGACUCUUAGCGCGGGACCUUUACUAAACGCUAUAGCGUGCUAUAGCGGAACUAUAGCGGGCUAUUUAAAACCAUAGUUUUGCUGGAACCAGCUUCAUUUUUUGCUACCACCAGAGUUUCUGGUUUGCUGAAAUAGAACACAAUUUUUGCAAUUUUGCUACUACUGUUUAUAUGAUUUGCUGGAACCAGUGCUAUUUUUUGCUGGCACCGGCGAUCGUAAAAGUUACAUCCGAUGAGAUUUUUUGCUACAACGGCAAGAAUUGGCGAUGGCGGAGCUACCACUGUCAAUGGAUGGGGCUGCAGGCAGCCAUGGCUGACCUCGGACCCGUCAAUGGUGGGUGCUGCCGGGGGUCAAACGAGAAGGGAGAUUGAUGGCGAGGACAGCGGUGUUCGGGACAGGAGGAGAUGCGGUGGUGAGGAGUAGAAAGAGCAGGGGAUGGUGAGGAGAUGCAGCGGUGAUGGCGGCCGACGGCGACAACGCCAGGUGACCGGGCAAGGACGGGGCCGAGGACGAGCAAGGCGGCGCCGAGGUGGCUGGCGAGCGCGGCGUCGUACGUGGCCGACGGCCGCCGGCGCGGGGGAUUAAAGAAGAUGAGGAGGAAGGAAGAAGACGACACGAGGGGAUCCAAAUCCAACGGUGGGACGCAGCUAAUCGAGCGGCUGGAGGCUGACCGGCGCCUAGUGGUGCCCUUUUGUGAAACACCUUACGACGUGAGAAGUAGUGAAUGUUUCCUGCUGCUGUCCACGCCUUUACCUUUCCCUCCUUCUGCUUCCUAUGCUUGCAGUUGCACAGCCAGACCGUGGUGCCAUCAGGGCGACCUUGCUCCUGCCAUCAUUGACGAAGGUGUCGUGUGGCGACCAUUUCUCGCCAAUCUUGGUGACCUCCACCGCUCCACGUCGAGGUGGUGGUGGCGCCGCGCGGCCGUCUCUGCUGUGGUGACGGACUGGUCGAGAGCCUAGGCAACCAGGUCGGGGUCAUUGUGGACCCAGGCUGGUGUCUUGUCCGACUUGGCGAAUGCGGAGUGGCGCGCCUACCUCGCUUCUGCCGAAAAAAUGGGUCGCAAUGACCAGGAACCACUGCCGCUGCCGCGGCAUCAAGGUAGUGGAGAAUGCGCCCGCGUGCCUAUGUGAUCGCGGACAGCAGCUCCUCUUUGACGACCUGCUUUUGUCCACUGCGGCGUGACCGCGACGCCAGCUCUUCCUUCACACGGCGCCCAAUUUGGACGCCAUGGUUUCAUGUGGGAGGGAGAGGGGAGAGAGGCAAUGCCGGCUCGACCUGAACGCGGUGGAGAGAUGACGCUGGCUCCUGCUUGACGCGGUAGCGCGGCAAGGAGUGCAACACCUCCUUCAUGAUGGCACACGACGGCAAGGGGCGCCGCAUCACGUUUUCGGAGCGACUGCUCCGUCAGCAGCUCGACGAUCUGACCAAGGAACUCAUCGUCUGUGGCCGGGGCGGCGCCUUGUCCUCGUCGCAGGGGGAGUUGACGAUCUUGUCUUUGUCAGAGGAUCCGGUGGCCAUGGAGCCCGAAGGCCCUGGGCGGCGGCACAAGAUCAAGAGCCGUCGCUGCCUGCCGGCACGGAGAAGCACGACUUGGGCAUGGUGUGGAAGGGAAGAGCAGGAGGACUUCAGAGAUACUGAGCGGCGGCUUCCAGUGGACGUGUGGGUGGAUGGCUUCAGGGCAUGGCUUAAAUAUGAGCGAUCAUGCCAGGCGAAAGUCCAAGAAGCUACGGGAAGCCGACUUCAAUGCAGCAUAGUGGCCGGAGUAGGAUUCUCCCAUCUGCAUUGAAGCAUCCCACCUGCUUGUCCGGUCGCGUAGAUCUGGCCGGCAUUAAUACCGUGAAGUCACGUCCAAUUUUGAGUUGCGCUGGGCGAAAUGAAUCCGCCACAACCGCUUAGGGCGGGUGAGACCGAGGUGUUAGAGGCAUGCGUGGUAGUGAUUCAAACGCCCGCAAAGCCCCUCCGGUUUUGGGGAAUUUGAGGAUUUGCCACGCCUUUAAUUACACUUUGAGGAUUUGCCCCCGUUUACCCUGAAACUGAGGAUUUGCCACGCAUUUGCUGUAAUCUUGAGGAUUUGCCCCCGAUGAGACGGGCCACAGCAAAAUGACCAACAAGCCCUCGUGUUGAUCUACGUGAGAGGCAGCCAACCCCGAUCGUUCUGUCCCAGAUAUCACGCUCGUCUGAUACGAUUUGGGUGGGUGCGGCGAAGGCGACCUCGAUCUCCACCACGAUGGCGGCGGCGACGACGGCAGCGGCGGCCGCGCCGGCGGCUGCAACCUGAGCAUGCAUGUACGGUUGAUCUGUGGAGGAUGGAUGCUAUGGAUGAUGGCCCUAAUAUGGGUGCUGAGGAUAUUGCUCUGAAGACACAAAGGGUGAAGCAGCCUGUUCAUGUUAACAUUAAAGUUAGAGUUCUUCCAUAUCGGGCCAUGCUUGCUGAUGGCGCCGAGGAACAAAUGGAGCGGCAGGAUAUUGAAAUGCAGAUUAGAUGGAAGGGGCUCACUUUAAACAAAUUUGCAUACGACUUGAGCCAAUACAUACCAUGGGGCCCAUGGCAGGAGGUGCAUCUCUUUGGCUAUGAUAAGGAUUCUGAUGAGGAAUGCAGACUGUUUAGCACCAAGCAAUUGAGAAGCCAUUUGCUUGACCAUAUGUGGGGAGAGGAAGAAAAGGUGAAGAUGCUAGUUGAGGUGCAUACAAAACCUGCUAAGAAAUCUGCCGCGAAGAGAGCUAACAAGCCUACUAAGGAACCAGCUGCUAAGAAACCUAAGAAGGCACCUGUUGAGAAGGCACCUAAAAUCCUAAAAUCAGCUAUGGAUGAUGUACUAUGCAGUGCUACAUCAUCUGUGGUUGUGGACAAUGCGAAUGAGGAAGCACUUGAGGUUGUUCAACCAAUGGCGAGUCAAACAAGUGCUUUUGUUGACAAUGAUAUUAACUUUGCAACAUGUGAUGUUGUUCAACCCAAUAUGCCAUCAAUUUCUGACAUUGCUGAAAGCAAUGAGCAAUGCGGGUCUUCGGUGGUGUUGGACAUAGAACCACCAAUUGAUUGGAGCCUAAUUGAGAUUGCUCCUCCAAAUGAAGAUGAAGUGGAUGUUCCAGUUACAGAGGAGAAUAUGUGUGAUUUUCUAGGUAUCGAGGAGGAUGAGACACAUGAAGCACCUUCUUCGCCACCUAGUGAAGAUGCGUAUCUCACUGAUGAGGAGGACCAACAACUAUUAACUGAGGCUGCUAUUCCUGUUGAUGACAAGAUAGCUCAAGAGGAGGAGAUUGCAUAUGACAAAGAGAACCCUCGUAUGUAUGUAGGUGCCUUGUUUCCUUCAAUGGAAGAGUUCAGGAUGGCAAUAAAACAAUAUGCCAUUAACAAUGAAAUUGACAUAUGGGGAUAUAAAACAGACAAAAAAAGAUAUCUUGGACUAUGCAGAGGCAUCAAGUGUCCAUGGAGAAUAACUGCUCGUUUAAGGGCUGAUGCGAAAACAAUAAGGGUCACUAAGAUGAGUAAGAAACACAAGUGUUCUUCGAGUAGCAGAGUAAAAACCACCAUGGCAACACAAGGAAGAGAAAACAGAGAGCAAGAACAUAUCCUGCUGAAGAUGAUGAGCCAGGACCUCAAAUUGGUGGUGCUCCUAUUGGCACACCCAACAGGCAAAUUGGUGGUGCUCCUCUUGGCACACCCAAUAGGCAAAUGCUUACUAUUCCUGCCAGUCUCCAUGAUAGUCUUAGGCCAGUGACAAGAAGGAUGCUGGCUAUGGCCUUAGAUGAUGAAUCAUCAGAGCCAACAGAGAUGCCUUCAACCUCGCGUGUGAGAAAGUUGACCCCUAAGAGAAAAAGAACGUAGAUUGUGACGUGCUUAUGUGGUGAACUAGAUGCUAUGCCAUGUCAUUUUUGGGGGCUGAACAUGCUAUGUCGUGUCCUUUUGUGUCGAACUAUGUUUGUUGAUUCUUAUGUAUGGAUGUCAGAGUCAGACUA